CCUCCUUUGGAACGUUGCCCUGAGCGUUUGUAUCAUUUGAAACAGUCGCGACGUUCCAUUUCCCGAGUAACAAAUUGAAAUGGUUACAAUUUGCUUCCAACUGCUCAUGUUGCUCCGGAGAGAAAGAGGGGAGGCUUCUUUGUCACACAAGGAGCUUUGCUCUCUCUACCGAGCAGGGCCAAGAGCCGCAGUGAGCUGAAAUCUGCUGGUUCCCUUUUCUGUUUUUUAAAUGAAUGCUUGCAAACGCUUUGGAAGUCCACCCGUCCUUCGCAAAGGAUUUUUGCUGUCAUCAGUCCCCGUCCCUCCUGUUCGUCUCCUUCAGUUAGAGACAUGGACAGACCACCCUCUCAUAUUAGUUGCAGCAGCGAUGGGCUGCAAAAUGCAAGUGGAACUUUGGAUACCGACCUUGGGACGGAGCCUGUAGAAUUGAUGCCACUGACAACAAGCACCCAGGCGUCAUCUUGCCAGCCAACGCUUCAUCCACCUAUUCCCUUGAUGAGUGGUGUUCAACCAUUUGGCAGUGCGGUGUGCCAGGAAGCAGCAGAGCACGAGACAGGCCAAGGGGCCAGUUCCGAGGCUCAGAAGGAGAGUAGUAUGUUCCACAACGUGCAACGGGAGGGGAACAACAUGGGCGUCUUCCAUUCUGAGCACCCGCAGCAGCACACCUUUCCCGAAGCCACUCCAGCCCACCAGGAUCCCCCAGGAACGUUGGGUUCCGGAGAAGGCCAACACGAUCUGUCACUGCCAAGCCAACAUGGUGAAGCUGCCGAGGUGAAACCUGUACAGAACCCCUACCAAGCAGUGAAGCCUCACUGGUUCUACUGCAAGGUGGAGGACUCCAAACCCAUCUGGACUCCCUUCAGUCAAAUGGACUCGGACACGCUGGAGACCAAGCAUUGCUCUGAAGCGUCGGAUUCGAAGAAUGAGGCGGUCCCAACAGAUGGUGGGCGUUAUGAUGUAUUUCUGGCCAAGCGCAUGAGGCACGCGGUGUACUGGCAGGAGGCACCCACUCAAGUGAGGAGAUGUACCUGGUUUUCCAAAAGUGAGAAGGACAGCAGAUACAGCCCAUACACAGAGGAGCUGAGUGAGCUGAUUGAGAAAACAUACAAGGAAGCAGUGGUGACGAACGAGUGGAGCAAGAAGGUGGAAUUUCCCACGGGAGAAGUCAUUAUUUUGCACAAUCCAAAGCUCAUGAUGCAUUUCCAAGAGUGGAAUACAGCAGCUUCUGAUCAGACAAAGCCGUGGACAGUAAAGAGAGGGACAGAGCAGACGUAUGGCGAUAUCUUGGUUGGCGAGCCUGUGAAGGUCGAUCACCUGGUGUUCAUGGUCCAUGGCAUCGGACCAGCGUGUGACAUUCGUUUCCGCAGCAUCAUUCAGUGUGUGAACGAUUUCCGGAACGCUGCUCUCAACCUGCUGCAGACGCACUUCAAGAAAGCCCAAGACGAGCAGAAGGUUGGCCGGGUGGAAUUUCUCCCAGUUAAUUGGUACUGCACGUUGCAUGGAGAUGCCACAGGAGUAGAUGAAGAUAUUCGAAGGAUAACUCUGCCAAGCAUCAGCCGUCUGCGACACUUCACCAACGAGACACUGCUCGACCUCUUCUUUUAUAACAGCCCCACGUACUGCCAGACCAUCGUAGACACAGUGGCCAACGAGAUGAACCAACUCUUGACCAUUUUUCAGCAACGUAAUCCAGACUUCGAAGGGGGCAUCUCAGUGGCUGGGCACAGUCUCGGCUCUUUGAUACUCUUUGAUAUUCUGACCAACCAGGCCAGUUCCAGCUCCAAAGAACGGAAUACGUGGCAACACAUCGCAACAAAGAAUUGUCGAUCCUGCAUGAAGGACAUGAGUUUGAAAGAAUCUCUGAAAUUACACGGAUUGUCUGAAUUCUUGACCCUUCUGGAAAAGGAAAAGCUGGAUUUGGAGUCACUGGUGAUGUGUUCAGAUGCUGAAUUGAAGGACCUGGGGAUUCCUCUCGGACCAAGAAAGAAAAUGCUAAAUUUGGCAAAGAAGUUCACUAGUGUACAGGCGAAGAAAGAAGAGGAGCAAGUGGGAGUGCCAGUGCCAAGGACCGUAAUUGAGAGAUGCAGCCAAGCCACAGAGGAGGAAGGUGGUGGAGAGCAAUCACAACGGGCACUAUCCACAAGCAGUGUCACUUCAGUCAAUUAUGAACAAUUUGACGUUGGCAUUGGUCAGGUUUCCGUUAAUUAUCCACACAUCAACUUUGAGCCAGAGAUCUUCUUUGCAUUCGGUUCACCGAUUGGAAUGUUUCUGACAGUCCGAGGAUUGAAGAGAAUCGACCCCAACUACACGUUGCCAACAUGCAGGAGUUUCUUCAACAUUUAUCACCCUUUUGAUCCUGUCGCUUACAGGAUUGAACCCAUGAUUGUGCCGGAUGUGGAACUGGAGCCUAUGCUGAUCCCUCAUCACAAGGGCAGGAAGAGAAUGCACCUGGAACUGAAGGACAGUCUGACACGAAUGGGUUCUGACCUAAAGAAUGGUUUAUUUUGCUCCCUGCGGAAUGCCUGGCAAUCAUUUACCAGGUCCCCCGUACCUCAACUGCCGGACACAACUGCCAUGGGUCACCAAGCCAACGAGCCAGCUGCCAAGGAGAAGCAAGCUGGGUUGGAGACAGACAGCAGCUCCUCCUUGGAGGAGGAGAAAGAGGAAAUGAAGAUUGGAAUGUUAAAUGGUGGUCGCCGUAUCGAUUAUGUCCUGCAGGAGAAGCCCAUCGAGAGUUUCAACGAGUACCUCUUUGCCCUGCAGAGCCACCUCUGUUACUGGGAAUCUGAAGACACGGCACUGUUAAUUCUGAAGGAAGUCUACCGGACGCUGGGAGUCAGCCUUGAACAAGCACAGCACUGAUACACGUGGAACUUGAACGUACCAUCACCAAUAGUAUGGACACUGAUGGGACCUGGGAGAGGAAUUGGUGUAACUCCUUCACCUUUUUAAAGUUAAGUCACGAAUUUGGAGCAGUUUUCCUGACCUUACCUGGUUGGUGUAUCUUCCCUCAUAGAAAGCACAUGGACCUGAUCUGUCAUCCAGCAGAGAUGAGGUUGUUUUACAAACCUCUUGAAACUGAGCUUUCUGUCUGAGCAGCACUGAAGAGGGGCUGCCCCUCAGGGGGGACCACCAGUGCCUCUGUUCUCAGAGACUUUCUACUUUGUUCGCAGGUAGUGGAAAGAGCUUGAAGAAGCCCAUGAAGCUGCCUGUGACUCAUCCACAAACACAAUUAAUAAUGACCAUGAACUCUUGGGAGGCACCUCAUGGAAGAUUAACUUUGGCCAGUGAAAAGUUUGGUCUCCAGCAUCUGAAAGUGUGAAUUGCCCUUGACACAGUUUGCACACAGGAACUGUGGCUCUGAUUGGACCAGUGUGCACAGAUUUACUUACUGAUUAUUUUUCUCCAUUUGCGUUGAAAUUGCACUUGUAAGAUGAGCAGGUUUCAACCAAAACAUUGCAAAUCUUAUUUGAUGAAUCACCAGUUUACUAUUGAGCUUCCUAAAAUAUGACUGACGGUAAAGCUGCUUUCUAACAUCAUUUUCAGAUUUGGAUGUUCUCUUCCUCACUCACUGAGAAUACAAAUCCUGCACUCUCAAUACUUUGGGAUGAUUGCAGUGAACUGAGUGCAGUGUCACCUAUGUACCAGCAAUAAAUACAAGACUAUUUCUCAAGCCUA